AUAGCUGGCAUUUACACGUCAUCCACGCUUUUAAACCUUCAAUCAUUGGACUGUCAUCUCCGCCAUUCCAAAUUUCAUGUGACCCUAAACUUGUCCGUCUACUCGCUCCUUUUUAUUUCACUUGUCUCUUCGAAUGGUGAAGGAAGUAGGUGGUCCAUAGUUGAUAGUAAUAAGAGAAACCGCCAUCUUUGCUUCCUCGAAUUCCAAGUCUUUCAAGAAUCAACGGGAGAGCGGACUUUUUCAAAAAGGAACAGUAGAUGUAAGAGAGAGCCGUUUCUCUGAGGUUGAAUACUAUAUAAAAUAAAUUAAAAAGAAAAGCCAAGAGUUGAAACGGCAAGACAAAACCAGAAAAAGAUUUUCACUGGAAUUCAGCGAUUUUGAGGUGUUUUUUUUUUCUUUUGGGUUUUUAAGAUCAAGGCUUAUUUUGACUAUCUCUUCUUAGGAUUGAGUCACAGCAAAUCAGUUUGAUGUGCAAUGCAGAGAGCACACGGGGCUCUUCUGCAAAGAAGAGCUUUGGAGAAGGAAAUUUACAGGAGGAAUUGGGCUCAUAAAGUCUCUCUUUCUGCAGUUUCUCUUCUGUGGGCUCUUGUUUUCCUUUUGAACUUGUGGAUUGGCCAUGGUGAUGUUAAUGGAGAUGGUUCUGGAGAUUUUCCUGUUGCUGUAACAUCAUGUGCUGAAAAUAAACCUCAAUAUGAUAGAGGCACUUGUUCUGCUUUUCCCAAGACUUCCAGUUCAUCACAGGGAAUCCAGUUUGAUGAUUCAGCCAAGAACUCAUGUACAUGGGCAGGCAAAAGUCAAGUUAGCAAUGGAGAAUCACCGGAUGUUCUGCGAAACAACAACCCAGGUCCUUCAAUUCAAGAACAAAUUACUGAGGGAAAACCAAAGUCAGCGCCAAAUUCAGAAAAGGGUGCUUCAAAAUCUGACAGAUUCGCUCGUGCCGUGCCUUCAGGUUUUGAUGAAUUCAAAAACAAGGCAUUUAACGCCAAAAAUCUGAACAAAAUCGGCCAGUCUGGAGGAAUUAUACAUAGGUUAGAGCCAGGAGGAUCAGAGUACAAUUAUGCUUCUGCUUCAAAAGGAGCCAAAGUCUUGGCUUACAACAAGGAAGCAAAAGGUGCUUCCAAUAUCUUGAGCAGAGAUAUGGACAAGUACCUUCGUAAUCCUUGCUCAGCUGAAGAGAAGUUUGUUGUCAUCGAACUGUCAGAAGAGACCCUUGUGGAUACAGUUGAGGUUGCAAAUUUUGAACAUCACUCGUCUAACUUAAAAGAUUUUGAGCUCCUUGGUAGUCCCAUUUAUCCUACAGACACAUGGAUCAAACUUGGGAAUUUUACCGCUGGAAAUGUAAGGCAUGCUCAAAGGUUUCUUCUUCCAGAGCCAAAAUGGGUAAGAUAUCUUAAAUUGAAUCUUCUGGGCCAUUAUGGUUCAGAGUUCUACUGUACGCUGAGCAUUUUGGAGGUGUUCGGAGUUGAUGCUGUUGAAAUUUUGCUUGAGGAUCUUAUUUCUGAUCAAGAUAAAUUGUUUGUUCCCGAACAAACUAAUAAUGAGGAGAAAUUUGUGCCCACUCAACAUGUUUCUAAUCAAGGUAAAACGUUUCAAAAUGUUGACGAUGAAAUGGAAAAGGAUCUUGCUGUUGGAAAAACUGAUGUUACAAGGGGAGUAAUGACUAUUGAUGUGCCUGACCCAGUGGAAGAAGUUCGUCAUCAACAGGUAAAUAGGAUGCCGGGAGACAGUCUGAAGAUACUGAUGAAAAAAGUGCGGUCACUAGAUAUCAAUUUGUCUGUUUUGGAACGAUACAUGGAAGAGUUAAAUUCUAGAUAUGGAAAGAUUUUCAAAGACUUCGACUCUGAAAUGGGAGAAAAAGAUGUUCUUCUUCAAAAUAUCAAGUCAGACAUAAGGGGUUUAUCUCAAAGCAAGGAUUACAUAGGUAAAGAAGUUGUCGACCUAGUUUCAUGGAAAUCCCUUGUUUCCACACAGCUAGAAGAAAUUAUCCGGGGAAAUGCUAUUCUUAGGAAGGAGGUGGAAAAGGUUCAAAGGAAUCAGGUACACAUGGAAAACAAAGGAAUUGUUAUUUUUCUUGUAUGUUCAUUUUUUGGAUUAUUGGCUUUUGUCAAGCUACUAGUAGAUACAGUUUUGAGUAAUUGUAGGUUGGAAAAUUCCAGGAAAUUAUAUUCAGAGAGUUACUCCUGGUAUUUCCUACUCUUGAGUUCUACCGUUACAAUUAUCCUCCUUGCCUUGUAAUUUAUUUUAUGUAAUAUAGAAACGGCAGCAGCACCCACAUAGAACUUCAUCGUUCUCA